GUGCCUGGUCAGCAGCAUGUGGUUCUGACUCUCUCCGCUAGGUGGUCGAGCUAGUUAUCGAUAUUGAUGUCUUUAAAGUAUCCUAUUUACCUCCUUUCACCAGCCAACUUCGAACGACACACGUGAUGUCGACCCUAUGUCCGGCUCAGCUCUCUACCACAUUGAGACACCUACACACAAUCGAUGUUGUUGCUUCUUGUUAAAUUGCCAUGACUAUUAACUUCAUAAUGAGACAGAAAAAUUUGACCCAGUUCUAGUUGAUUCGAGCAAACAGCCCUCGCAUCCACGCUCAAUGCUUGUUUCCUGAAGAGGCAUACAAGAUACACUGAUGUCGAUGUGACUUCGACUUAUGGUUCUCACUGAGGCUUACUCUUCAUGCUCUUACUCAAAUUGAUCAUGACAUCACAUCCAAAGUUGCCGGCAGAGCAUAAUAAGCAGAUGCCACCGCUGCAUUCAGAACGUACAAGAUCAUGAAUAAGGGCCGCAUUCUGACUAUUAGUCUUUCUGUUUGUGAUGCAGCUGUCUCAAGACACCUCUGUCUCAUAGAUCCUGCCAAGGACAUUGACAAGCUCCUUGACGGCUUAAUCUUGGCGACGGAAGCAACUGACCCAGACUGGGUACCUAUCAUGACGCGUGCUGCGGUAUCGUCCCGAAUCAUGGCGGGUGUACUUCGCAUGCUGCUAUCGUCAGUCCCAGCAAUUGUGGGCACAGGAAAUUCCACUUAUGUGUUGUACACCAGCCAAGGAGUCACCGUGUCCUGUGCCGUGGGCGACAAGGGUUUCGUAUAUGAGGGCAUAUCCACUUUUUCCACCCAGACGGUGGAUCUGACCGGAUUGCGAGAAGUCAAGACCAAAGUUAUGCUCAAUCUUGCCAAUCCAGCAUCAGCCUACCGCUGGUGGCGCCUCCCAGAAGAUGGCAUCGGCCUUGCUCGCAUGGAAUUCGUCGUCGCCAACGCGGUUCAAGUUCAUCCUGCACCCGCCUAUUUUGUGGACAAGCUAUCACACAGUUUUGCAGCCCUUUGCGCAACCUUCUACCCUAAGCCAGCGAUCAUCCGCAUGAGUGACUUUAAGAUAAACGAGUACGCCAACCUUAUUGGCGGCGUCGAGUUUGAACCCAAGGAGGAAAAUCCCAUACUAGGCUUCCGGGGAGCGUCACGAUAUUAUUCGCCGCACUACAAGGUGGGAUUUGAGCUCGAGUGUCGCGCCAUUCAGCGCCUACGUGAAGAGAUGGGUUUCGGUAAUGCGGUUAUAAUGACCCCCUUCUGCCGAAAUACUGGAGAGGCCAAAAAGGUAGCAGAGGUUAUGGCCGAAUACGGGCUCAAGCGCGGCGAGAACGGCUUUGGGCUCUACGUUAUGUACCAGAUCCUAUCUAAUGUCAUCAUGGCGAACGAGUUCACGGAGCAUUUCAAUAAUUUCUCCAUCGGUUCUAAUGUCCUGACACAGCUUACUCUCAGCGUGGACCGCGAUUCUGGCCAGCUUGAGGACCUUUUCAACGAACAGGAUGAAGCCGUCAAAUGGAUGAUGGCACGGAUGAUCGCGGUGGCUCGCAGGAAGGACUGCAAGAUUGGUAUCUGUGGACAAGCACCAAGCAACCAUCCGGAGUUCGCGAAGUUCCUGGUCGAGGCAGGUAUCAAUUCGAUCUCUGUCAGCCCAGAUAGUUUUGUCGCAGUGGAGAAACACAUGGUUGCUAAUGAGAGAGCUUGCUGCUUUUUAGCAAAACUUCCAUACGAUCUACGCUACGUGCUAAGUAGUGUUAUGUACUACACUUCCUCUCCUCCAUAG